ACAUCAGCUGUGUGUGUGUGUUUGUAUCAAUGCCAAAAAUUAUUUAUUUGUCUCAAUACGAUUUAACUGAAAAGAGUGUAAGAAGCAUGACUUUGCAUUAAUUUCGCAUUUUCUUUUGUUUCAAUACGAUAGCUACGACAAAUACGAAACAUUGGCUUAAUAUAUUCAUGUGGAAAAACUGAUGAUCAUUCUGUUCAUUUAUACCUGGUGAAAAAAAUUAAUUAAUUCAUUCGAAAAAAAACAAUACGACAGAAAAGAUGGUGAUGAAUAGGAAACAGAUUACCAUUACCAACAAUGGUGUUUCUUCAUCAGGUAGUGGCAUGAAAUUAUUGUCAUCGAAAAACAAUUAUUUUCAGACUAAAAAAAAUGGUAACAAUGAUAGUGGUGGUGGUGGCCAUAUUUUGAUGGUUGUUAAAAAUGGUAAUCACGUUUACCAGAAUAAGACGAAAAUCGUUCAAAACAGAAAACAGAUCAAAAUCGAAGACAACGAUGAUGAAGCUCAACGAGCCGUCGAAUCAUUGAUCAAACAGGAACCAUUUGAUUUUGAUAAGUUUGAUUCAUUUUCAGAAGAAGAUAAUUCAUUAUUGACUGCAUCUGAUAUGGAUUCUGAAUCAUCAAAUAAUAACAACAAUGAUAAUGAUCAAACUAUGAAUUGUCAAUCGUAUAAUAACAACGGACAGAAUCCAAUCAUCAGUGAUGAUCUACUUGUUACACUAACUGUACGUGAAUUAAAUCGUCAACUAAAAAUGACCGGCAUGUCUAAAUCCGAAAUGAUACGUAUGAAACAACGGCGACGAACAUUAAAAAAUCGUGGCUAUGCUGCCUCAUGUCGAAAUAAACGUCUUGAACAAAAAGGUGAUCUUGAGAAUGUAAAAGUUGAUGUCGUACAAACGGUUGAACAAUUAAAUGAAUUGAUUGCUAAAACAAAAUCUGAAAUCAAUGAUUUCAAACAACGAUACGAAUCCUUGAAACAGUAUGCUAUUCAACAACAAUUAGAAUUACCACCUGAGUUUGAUUAUUUUAUUAAUGAACAUCGAUAAUGUAAUGUAAUAUAUAUUAUUUAGAUUUAUAAAUAUCAUCAUAUAGAUAUCAUCUUGUUUUGUAUAUAAAAAAAUAAACAAAAAUUGCAUCGCUCAUUUUUUUCACACUUUUUCUUACAACGCCAAAAUCAAAAAUCAAAGCAUUCUCUAAAAUCGGAAUAAUAUUUCGAAUCAAGAUACCAU